UCGCACUUCCGGAAACUGGGUGGGCUAGCGGGGGGUAGAGGGGAUUGCGUGCUCUCGCGAGAGGCGGGAAAGGGCGCAGGGUUUGAAACAUGGCGGACGACGUGGACCAGCAACAAACUACAAACACUGUAGAAGAACCCCUGGAUCUCAUUAGGCUCAGCUUGGAUGAACGAAUUUAUGUGAAAAUGAGAAAUGACAGAGAGCUUCGAGGCAGAUUACAUGCUUAUGAUCAACAUUUAAAUAUGAUAUUGGGAGAUGUGGAAGAAACUGUAACUACUAUAGAAAUUGAUGAGGAAACAUAUGAAGAAAUCUAUAAAUCCCUGCUCCCAGCUCCCAGCUCUCUGGCAGUGUGGACGCCGCCAAGUGGCUUUUCUUUUGUGAAGACGCCCCCUCAGGGCCUUCGACUCCGCCGGCGGCCUUGUGAGACCGCCAGGGAACCAGCUGGCUGCGUGGCUGAGACGGUGAAACUGAGAAUAACGGGUCAAGCACCCCCACGUUCUAGGGAGAGGUGUGCGAGAACAUUCUACAAAGUGGUCCAGCCUGCGUCUGCAGGAGGACCUCCGAAGAGCGAGGUGCUGUGACCAGGAGACCUGGGCCCGCUGGUUCCCGCGGCCUCCCGGGAGCACGGCCUCCUUCAUCGCCUGGAGAUGGGCUGCCCGCCCCCUCCCGUCGCCGCGCCUCCCUGGACAGGGCUGCUUGUGGAGGGCUCACGCUGGGCCAGGGCCUCCUCGGGUCACCAUUUCCCAUCCAGCUAAAGGCCAGACCACAUUCUUUCUGUUUGCCUGUUUGUGUUGAAUUGCGGGCGAGUAAAGGCUGGCGUUGACCAUCUGAGCCAUCCCCAGGUGUCCAGUGCACGGAGUGUCUGGCUCGGCCACGCUGCGUGGGAUCCUGGCUGCCACCAGCUCCGGAACUCGCUCAUCCCCACAAACAGUGACGCCCCUAUUUCCUCCCCAGGCUGCCCCUGUUCUACUUUCCUGCUCUCCCGCCUGCGCCAACCAGCCAGGGCCACUCGACUGGGUGUCUCGGAAUUUGACUUCUCUGGGCGCCUCGCGGAGGCGGCGCCUGCGGUGUCUGCCACUCUGCGGCUGGCUGAUUCCACCGAGCGCCGGGUCCUCGGCUCCUCCGAGGAGAGGCCUGCGUCAGAUGCCCUUCCUUUGAAAGGCCGGGUAGUAUUCCAGUGUCUCCAUUCACUUUCCUCGUCCAUUCAGCAGCAGCGCAAAAAAGGCAGCGGACAUUUGAGUUACUUCCACCUCCUGGCCGCUGUGAACAACGCUGCUCCACACACGAUGUUCAAGUAGCUCUUCGAAAUCCUGCUCUCAGCUCUUUCGUGCAUACGCCGAAGAGGGGGCUUGCUGGCUCAUAUGCUAAUUCCACUUUUACAUUUUUGAGGAACCACCAUCCCACUUUCCACAGCAGCCCCCACACAGCAGUGCCCCAGAAUUCCGGUUUCUCCUCGUUCUCCCCAGCGCUUGCUCAUGCUGGCUGUAGCCACUGUCACGGGUGCGAGUGGCGGCUUGUGUGGUUUUGACUUACAUUUCCCUCCUGAUUAGUAAGGAAUGUUGAGCAUCUUCUCAUCUGUUUGUCCAUUUACAUGUCAUCUUUGGAAAAACAUAUUAAGUCAUUUGCCCUUUUUUGAUCUGUUUUUGUUGAGUUAUAGGAGUUCUUUACAUAUUCUGGCUACUGGCUCCUUAUCAUGUAUGUGAUUUGCAAAUACUUUCUCCCAUGCUGCAGGUUGCCCUCCUCUGGUCUUUUUAAUAAGACUAAUAAGUCUUUCUUGUAAACGCAUAAACAUGCAAAGACAAGGACUCUACUUGAUGAGGUGGCACCCCUGUGACUUCAUUGUCUUUCCUGGCUACUUUGCUGCUCUUUCCAUGAAUGAGUUCUGUGAAUAUGCCCGGUGCACAUGUGUGCUGCCUGCCUCCUCCCACCACCUCCUCUCCCCCAGCCCAUGAGGCCUAGAGGCUGGGGGCCUUCCUCCAUCACCCCUGAAAGCCCAGCACGGGGGCCUUGUCCAGUGUCUACUCCCUGGGCUCUGGCCAGGAAGUCUGAGGUGGCAGUCAGUGUAGUUUGGUCCCUGGCAUGACAGGCUGUUAACUUGCAGUGGGCCCUCUGGCAAGUCACUUCACCUCAUGCCUCGCUUUCCUCCUGAAUACGAUGACACUCUUGUAACUUUAUGUGCCUUGGCCUCUGAGAAGUGCUUAUGUGAGUGGCCUGGCCUACUGGUGGGCUGGGUGAGUGUCCAUUGUGGUGGGGGCUGUUGUUAUCACCUUUGCUCCUUGUCGUCAUCAUGGGGACGAAAGAGGCAUCGAGUCCCAGGUCCUGCCAUCUGGAACUGGGUGCCCUGCCUGUUCUGUCGGCUAUUCUCUUAUGUUUCUAGCUUCCCUUAGAACUUAGAAAAAGAUCUUUCCUAAUAAAAUCUUGCCCAGGCACGCCCCCUCCUUGCUCUAGACUGGCCCUUUGAGGUUCUCUAUACCAAACAGAUGACGCCUGUUACCCCGCACUCAGGCCCCAUGCUAGCUUUAAAGUUUUUUUUUAAGGUGACAGAUGUCCACAGUAUAAAACUCAGAAGUCUCGAGAGGAAAACUGAAAACUCUGGCUUGCUCCCUCUCGUCCCUGCGCUCCUGCCGUCUCGUCCGUCUCAGGAGGCUCCAGCACCCCAGUCCCUUGUGCACGGCUCCAGAAGUAUGCUGUCGUGGACAGGAAUUAACCGCUCCUGCACUGACAUUUCACAGCAGCAGCACUCUCUUCACACACACUCCACCUUGCUAGCUCUCUUCCAACAACAACAAUCAAAAAGUCAAAUUGAGAAAGGCAGCCCCAAACUCUUCUUACUUUAAAAUUUUUAAUUUUGAAACAGUUUAAGACUCUUGAGAAGUUGCAAAAUGAGUCCAGAGAGUUCCCUGGGACCUUUCACCCAGCCUGCCCCAGCCACCAGUGAUAACAUCUUACAUAACCAAGUGCAUUGUCAAAACCAGGAAAUUGCUCUGAUACAAUAUUAUUAACUCAAAAUGAAACCUUAUUUGGAUUUCACUAGUUUUUACAUGCAAUAAUUAUUUUGUUUUGUUUUCCAGUGCAUAGUUGUAUGAAAUUUUAUCUCAUGGAUAGAUUUUGUAACUGUUGAGAUAAUAGAACUGUUCCAGUUACCGCAAAGAAACUUCCUUAUGUUAACACUUUAUAAGCGUGUCCUUCCCUAGCCUGAGCAACCACAGAUCCAUGGUUCCCUAUCACUAUAAUUAUGUCUCUUGAUGAGGUCAUAUAAAUGGAAUCAUAAAUAUUUUGAGAUUGGCACUUUUUGUUCAGCAUAAUGACCUUGAGGUCAAUUUACUUGCUUUGUUGUGAACAGCAAUAAUUCAUUCCUUUUUAUUGCUCUAUAAUAUUCCAUUUUAUGGGUGCCUCACCAUUUAGUUAUUCAUUCACCUGUUAAAGGACAUGUGGGUUGCUUCCAGUUUUUUUAGCAAUUACAAAUCAAGCGACUAUGGAUACUCAUAGGCAGGAUUUCACAUGACCCUACCUCUUAGUUUUUCUAGGAUUUUCUAAAAAAUACAAUUGUUGAGUUGUGUGGUAAAUAUAUGUGAAGAAACAGCCACAUCAUUUUCCAGAGUGACUGUACCAUUUUACGUGCCCAAUACAGUGUUUGAAAAUUCUAGAGAGACAGUGUGCUCCGUGUCCUUUGUCAGCUGUUAAUAUUGCUAGUAUUUUUAUUUUAACCAUUUCAUUUUAAUAGGUUUGGAGUGCCCUCACUGGAGCUUUAAUUUUGCAUUUUGCCCGUGGCCAAUGAUGUCAUAAUUUCUUGUGUUUAUUUGCCAUUUGUAUAUCCUCUUUCAUGAACUAUCUGUUCAAAUCCUUUGCCCAUUUUCUACUUGAGUCAUUUUCUUACUAUUGAGUUUAGGCUACUCUUUACAUAUUCUAGAUACAAGCCCUUAUUGGUUUAUGGGAUUUACAAAUAAGUACUUUCUCCCAGUCUGACAUUAGUCUUUUCAUUCUUUUAUCAGAGACUUUUGCAGAGCAAACAUUUUGAAUUUUGACAAGGCCUAAUAUAUCUGUCUGUUCUUCUUGUGGAGCAUGCCUUUGCUGCUAUGUCUAGAUACCUUGCCUUUUGCUUUAAUAUAUCUUGCAGGUAGUUCCAUAUCAGCAUGUUAAAAGCUUCCUCAUCAUGUUUUUGUGGCUGCAAGCAUACCAUUGUACAGAUAAAGCAUAAAUUAUUUAACCACUGCCCUGUUGGGGAACCUAACUGUCUAAACUUGUGCUGCUCUGAGCAAUGCUGCAAUAAAUAACCUUGAGCAUACAUUGCUUUCAUGCUGUGGCUUCGACAUGCCUGUGGGAUAAAUUCCCAGAAGUGGGCUCCAGUCACAGGGUUCAAGCAUUUGUAAUCAUGAUAGUAUCUUCCUCUGGCCCUCCCACUACGAUGUCUGAACAAUUAUUAGUCCCCCCACCUCUUACUGACAGGGUUUUAUCAGAUUUUUUUAGUCUUUGCCAAUUUGAGAAGCAAAAAAUGUUUUCUCUGUGUGAUUUUAGUUUAGGCUCCCUUUAAGCUCUCCCUGUGCUUUCUUCACUGUAAAUCCCGGCUCUUCUC